AUGGACUCUACAGCAAACUGCCACUUAACCAAAAACUUCCCGAAAGAGUGCAAGGGAGACAAACCAUUCGCGCCGUCUUUCUCCGAGGGUUGGCUGAAUGUCGAUAUUUGUGCCGAGGGAAGUUACGACGCUGUGGCUUGGAACACAAGUCGAAACAAACAAGAGCGCAAUGAGACUUUGUGGUUGUCUAUGAAAUGGGAUAUUCCUGAAGGUCAAGACAGUUCUGGACAAUUUCGAAAUAAUGAUAGCUAUGUCCUCAGAUGCGAGAGUGUCUCAAAAAGAGGGUGGUUUCAGCUCCCGAACAACGCAAAUGGAGGAAAUCCUGGGCCCUUACGUGACGAGUGGCCUUCGUGGAGGGAACUCAAGUAUGAGUUCAAUGAUUAUUAUAUCACUAGUCCUCGGUGGGAUAGCGAAUUUCCAGGCGACAGGUAUCCCGCCGCAGAAAUCACGGACGAAGAACUGCAAAACUAUCGCGAUCAAUCGAGCUACGCUUACCAAGGAGCCCCCGUGCCUGGUCCACUCAUGACGGUGGCUCUGGCUAUGUUUGGAAAUUCGUCAUUCUUUCAAGCAGCUGGGGUUGCUGGUCGCGACACUUACAACCAGACCAUCGACAACAUCUGUGACAACUCGUUGUUGCCAAUGCUUGGACUGAUGCCGGACAGUUACAACAUGGGCUGGUGCAGUCCAUCCGUAAGAAACCGGAAGCAUAGUCUGGAAAUGCAGGAUGUGAUUUAUUACUAUUUCAACGGUCUCAAGAACGAAGAGGCCACCGAACAAGCACUCGAAAAGGCCAUGUUCUUUGCCAACGAAGCCCUUCUCACCACCGCCGCCUCAUUGCCCCAGAAGCGCCCCAUCUUCUACAGCCCGGGAACUGCGGUCAUGAAACCAAAAAAGGAUUUAUUAGCGGUGAUCAUUGUCACUACACUAAUAUGUGUUCAAGUUACGGCGCUUUGUGUGCUGAUGUGGUUCACACAGCGUGUCCCUACGUGGACGGAUACUCUUGAUGCGGAUGCUUUGGCGCAGAUCGGAGGUCAACUGAAGGAAUGGGGAGAGCCCAGACCGGAUCUGAGGCAAAUGAAUGGUAUUGUGGGAGUUGAUGAGACUCGACAUCAGGCCGGGACGUCAUCAGUCAGACUGCCGUUGGGGGAGGAUGCUGCUUUGCAGUCAGGGUCUGUACAUUUGACACUUGGCGGGGAGGGAUUGAUUGAUCAACAGAGGAGUGAUAAAGAGGAUGCAAGUAGAUACGACUACUGUGGUCGAAGCGAGAUGAAUCUGUUUGGCAAGUAA